UCAGUUAACUUUGAAACCUGAUCCUGUCAAGAUGCUGAAAUCUAUAAAAACUUUUGCCUUCCCUCAGUGGUUAGCUAGCCUAGGAGUUUUCUUAAUAAUGUUACAAUUUGGUAUUAUGGGAGGUUCCAUGUCUCCAACAAUGAUGAAACUUAUGGCGUCUGAUUCAUCUAUAGAAUUUUAUACGUACGAAGCCUCUUGGUUUGCAUCUUUGAUAAACGUUGGACGUAUUUUCGGAGCAUUAUGCGGUUCAAUCGCAACAGUUUAUUUAGGAACGAAACGUACAGUGUUUUGGUCAAUCAUACCGAUAGCUCUUGGUUGGUUUGGAAUAGCUUUGGCAACCGAUAUAAAUAUUCUGUAUAUUGCAAGAGUUUCAACUGGAAUUGGUGUAGGUAUAGCAGUCAGUUCAUAUCCAUUGUAUCUUGGAGAAAUAGCUAUACCUAACAUAAGAGGAUCUUUAGUGUCUUUCGCGAAUUUUGGUAUGUCUGUUGGCCAAUUAUUAGGAAGCAUUGUUAGCACUUACCUUGAUGUAACAGAAGCAAUGUUUAUUUAUUUUGGGAUUUGUGUCUUUCUCAUGGCUAUGUUUUUUUUCUUACCUGAAUCUCCGCAUCACCUUGUAAAAGUUGGAAAUCAAAACGCAGCUGAAAAAUCAAUUAUUUGGUACAGAUCUGGAAUAAACGUGGAUGAAGAAUUUAAUGAAGUUAAAAUGUUUGUAGCCUCUGAAAGUAAUAUUGAUUUUUGGGAUAGAUUGCGCGAAUUCAAGAAUUCUGGUACAAGAAGAGCAGCUUAUCAAGUAAUAACUCUUUUUGCAUUUAUGCAGAUCAAUGGUUUAAACAGUAUUCUCUAUUAUCUAGAGAUUAUUUUAAAAAAGGCUCAACUCAACUUCAUCAGUUCAUCAGAACUUGUCAUUUACCUUAAUGUGUGUGCUGCGAUAUCUUCUAUUAUUUCUAUAUUCCUUAUAGACAGAUAUGGACGAAAAUUUUUAUUACUAUUAUCUAGUACUGGUGUGACUAUUGCUUUAACCAUGCUGGCAUGUCAUUUUUUACUUAUUGAUAUGAAUAUUGACGUAACAAAAUUACAGUGGCUACCUGUGUUAUCAUUGGUUUUGUAUAUGUUAUUUUUUUUUGUGGGGCUAAUUACAAUUCCUAGCACUAUAAUGAGUGAAAUUAUUCCAUCGAACGUGAAAUGUAUUGUUGCUUGCAUUGGUAGUUUCACAGCAGGAUUGUUUUCAUUCAUAUCAACUAAGACUUAUCAACCUAUGGUUGAUUCCAUGGGCGAAACUUUCGCAUUUUUAGUAUAUGCCUUCUUAACUGUUAUUAUUAUACCUUAUGCAAUAUUUGUGAUGCGAGAAACGAAAGGUAAAAGCCUACAACAGAUUCAAGAUGAAUUAACGAAAUAAUGCAUGAUUCAAAGUGAUAAAAGUUAUGAGUAAAAAUUAUAAAUUUCUAUUUAAUGGUGGCUAAUCUAAAAAAUCUAUUUUAAUAAAUAAGAUAUCUUUGAAUGGAAAUAAAAAAUUAUCCAUUUUAUAGAUUGAAAUAAUUUAUGAAAUGUAACUUUCCUUUGUUACAUUUUCUAAGGUGCUUUUUAGAUUUUUCCGAAUAAGAAUCGAUGUUUCUCCUUUUAUUCAUGUGAUAUAUUUUUCAGUAUUAUCAGAUUCUAAUUUAUUUAUUUUGAUACGUUGACUACGAUUAUGACGACAAAUUCUUAAUAAGUGUGCAUAAUGAGUAAGUCAAUUUCAUCAAAUGUAAAUGAUUACUAUUUCGAAUACUUGCGAAUACUUACAUAUAAUUAAAACCAUCAUCAUUAAUUUUUUUCAAUGGAUAAUUAUGUGAGUUAUCUCAGGUUACAGAAAUGUGCCUUUUAAUUAAUUUACAAAAUGCUGAAAUACAUCAUUGCAGUGGGUAUAAAUAUGAUUAGUAUUUCAACGUUUUAUUACAUCAAGUGAUGCCAUUAUCUCGUUCACAUUGUUUGCAGAUUGUAUUUCAAAAAAGUAUUUACACUCAAUUUAUUUCGAUAAAAUCGUACAUUUCUUUGAAAA